GGCGGGAGCGAGCACGAGGGCGUACUGCAGCUCGAGAGAGCGGUCUGUCGGCAGAACGUAUGUCGGGAACGAGCGAAGGAGCAGAGAAAGCCCGCUUGUCGGCGUUGUGAGCAAGGGCGACUUCAGCCGAGGACGGCUGUCUGUACAUGGACUGUCAGAAAGAGAGAGAGAGAGAGAGAGAAAGGGAGAGAAAGGGAGAGAGAGAGAGAGAGAGAGAGAGAAACGAGGACCGUCUAACAUCGCAGGCUGUUGCUAGUUGAUUUGGCAACUAUAGCUAGCUACGAGGCAUCGUAUGACCGAAUCCUUCCACCCGAAUGAACGCCUGUACGUGUAACAUCCGACGCGUUUUAUACAUUUUAAAACCCACAGAGCGUUAAACUGUAAUUUUACAAAGAGCAGGUGCGCGAGGACUCUACUGAGGAUCGACGUUUGAAAAUGGAAGGGGUUCAUCGAAAAGCCGAGCAGAAAUAAGAAAGACAACAAUGAAUGGUGUUUAUACAAAGCGUAUAUUUUUAUAUUUGGGAGGUAUUUAAACAGUUAAAUAUAGAUAGUACCGAUCAGCAGUGUUGUACGGAGACGACAUUACACGAAGAAAAUACAGCUAUGGCUAAUUACCCAUCAAGCCAGUAGGAUUGCCAUUGUCGCUUUAAAUAAACCAGAAAAGACGGUAGACAGACAUACUGAACAUAGGGUUUAAAUGAAGAUAGUCCCUUGUGAAGAAUUUUUGAAGAGAAGUCUGCUUGACCUUGCAACUUUUGGUACUUGCUAACUUGUUUUUUGUAUAUACUAUUUUAGAAAGCAUUUGUUUGCAAAAUCAUGUCACCACAUUAGAAAAGGACAAGAUGGGUCCUCAGGCAAUGGAUAGGAGAAAAAGAAUAGAUAACUAGAAAGACGGACAGCAGUCACUGCUGCUCUGCUUCCUCCCCUAUUACCACAGUGAAAUAGCAGGUGUGACCAGAUAGGGCUUUUCGCCGGCUCUUUAAGGAAAGCUGCUGAACAGCUGAAGGGGGAAAACUGACAAGAAAAGGUGCCCUGGGAACAAAGAGAGAAACAGAAACGGAGAGAGACAAAGAUCAAGAGGAAAGGAGGAUAGGGAGGAGAGGUAGAAGCUGUCCCCAAUGGCAACAGACCCUGGAGAACCCACAUCCACAGAUGACUCCUCUGACAAACCUGAUGGAGGGCAGGGCCAAGCAUGUGAGCCGGGACCUGAGGAUAGGACUGGCAAGGAAAGGGAGCGGAAUCACAGCACACCCUCCGAUUUUCCCUCCUCCCAAACUAAGGAAAACAGUGGGGGAGGUCUCGGGGGCGAGGAGGAGUGGCGUCCACCUCGGCCUCUGUCUGCCUCUACACCAUCUUCCCCAGCAGCUCUAGGUGGGAAACUGAAGAAGGAGAGGAAACGCUUCUUCCGAAAGAGUGUGGAGAUUUGUGAGGAGGAGGAUGAAGUGGAAGUGGCGCUGGGUGUGACACGAAGUGCCCCGCACCUAGACUCCAAGACCACUGAUUCUGUAUUUGCUGACAGUGCCCCACAGCAAGUGCCUGACUCCACCACCUCUGCCAUUGUGGCGGAUGAUGGCUCUGGCGUUGCCUUCACCAUUGGCCUGGAUCCUGACAAGAGUGGCCCUACUGUGUGCUCUGCUCAGAAGGGCAAGGAAAGAGACCGGGAACAAGAGGAGGAGGCCGAGAUGAAGGCGGUGGCCACCUCCCCUGGAGGGCGCUUCCUAAAGUUUGAUAUUGAGCUGGGCAGGGGAGCCUUCAAGACUGUGUACAAAGGGCUGGACACAGAGACCUGGGUGGAGGUGGCUUGGUGCGAGCUGCAGGACCGCAAACUGACCAAGGCAGAACAGCAGCGCUUCAAGGAGGAGGCGGAGAUGCUAAAGGGGUUGCAGCACCCCAAUAUCGUGCGCUUCUACGACUCCUGGGAGUCAGUGCUGCGGGGAAAGAAGUGCAUUGUACUGGUGACAGAGCUCAUGACCUCCGGAACCCUGAAAACGUACCUGAAGCGUUUCAAGGUGAUGAAACCCAAGGUGCUGCGCAGCUGGUGUCGGCAGAUCCUGAAGGGUCUGCAGUUCCUGCACACGCGCACACCGCCUAUUGUGCACCGCGACCUCAAGUGUGACAACAUCUUCAUCACAGGACCUACAGGCUCUGUCAAGAUCGGUGACCUGGGCCUGGCCACACUGAUGAGGACCUCUUUCGCCAAGAGUGUUAUAGGAACCCCAGAGUUCAUGGCUCCUGAAAUGUACGAGGAGCACUAUGACGAGUCAGUGGAUGUGUAUGCCUUUGGGAUGUGCAUGCUGGAGAUGGCCACCUCAGAGUACCCCUACUCUGAGUGCCAGAACGCCGCACAAAUCUACCGCAAAGUUACUAGUGGUAUCAAGCCUGCCAGUUUUGACAAAGUGAGUGACCCUGAAAUUAAGGAGAUUAUUGAGGGCUGUAUUAGACAGAAUAAGAGUCAGAGACUAUCUAUCCGGGACCUGCUAAAUCAUGCAUUUUUCGGUGAGGACACAGGAGUACGUGUGGAGUUGGCUGAGGAAGACACAGGUCACCAGGAUUGCCUAGCACUCCGCAUAUGGGUGGAGGAGCCCAAGAAACUGAAGGGCAAGCACAAGGACAAUGAGGCCAUCGAGUUCAGCUAUGACCUGGAGAAUGACAGUGCUGAGGAGGUGGCCCUGGAGAUGGUGAAAUCUGGCUUCUUCCAUGAGAGUGAUGCCAAGGUGGUGGGCAAGUCUAUUCGAGACAGAGUUACACUCAUCAAGAAAUCCCGUGAGAGGCGUCAGCAACAGCUACAGUAUGGGCUGGAAGACAGGAGAGAUUCCACCACGCUCACUUCCUCGCAUCCAUGCACCCAGCCGUUUGGCCACACCUCACUGGGCCCAGGAGCGACAGCUGAAGGUGGAGUCCCUGGGGAGGCUGAUGACGUGCCAGAGGUUGAACAGCUUGUCAGGCAGCAGCCACAUAUACACGGUGUCACGGCCACUGGCCUCCCAGAAGGAGAGAGUGUCCCUUCUGUCAGCUGUGACUUGGCUCCCAGUGGGCAAAACCAAGCCUUUCCCCUCCCGGGGGAAUCCGCCCUGCAGGCAGGGUACCCUUACGCCCACACACAGUCCGUCUACCAAACCACCACCUCUGCGGUGCAGAGUGCUGGGGGCGUCUCCCAAUCACAGUUCCCUGCCUCGUGUCAGAGUGUGCCUGUUGGCCAGGCUGGCAGUGUUUCCAGUGCCCCUCUUGGGCAGAGCAUGGGGCUACCUUGCGUGCCCAUAGGACAGAGCCUGCCGCAGCCAGCUGCUAUGGCAACACAGCAAUCCCCAGAAGUGCCACAGCAGUAUUCACUGUCAUACCACUCGGAUGGAUCACAAGUACUGUCACUCCAGUUAGGGGAUGUUGCGCCCCCCCAUGCCUUAGUUGCAUCCUCACAACCUUUCCUGCCCCCAGUCUCUCCUCAAGGCCCUAUUAAUGUCCACACUGGAGAACACACUGAGUUGUUGUAUUUGCCCCAGGGUGGGGCAGGAGUUACUGCAUCCCUGUCUCAACAGCCACCCCCAAAUGUCAUGCAUCAGCCUGAACCUAUGAACAACUUGUUGCCCCAAGCUCAACUUCCUGUAGUCCACCAACAAACAAUUGUGCAGCAACAUCAGCAGGUAUUAUUGGAACAACAAGCCACCUUGCUCCAGCAACAUCACAUGGAGCAGCAACAGACAGUUAGGUUACAGCAGCAGCAACAAUCCAGUUUGACUAAACAACACCAAGCUGGUAUGUCUCAACAGCAACAACCACAAGGUAGUUUUUUUCAACCCCAAGUGAGUUUGGUUCAGCAACAGUCCAGUGCUAGUUUGCUUCAGCAACAAAUGCAAGCUAGUUUAGUUAAGCAGCAACAACAUGCUAGUUUUGUUAAGGCACAACAGGCUAGUUUGGUUCAACAACCACAAGCCACUUUGGUUCAACAGCAAAAACAAGUUAGCUUGGUACAGCAUCAGGGUAGUUUUGUUCAGUCCCAAAAACCAAGUUUGGUUCAAGAGCAACCACAAGCUAGUUUCAUUCAACAGCAACAACCAGGCACAUUUCUCCAGCAGUCUCAAGAGAUUCCUUUUCAGUUGCCAGUAGAACAACAUCAGGCACAUACUACAAUGCCACAGCAACCAUUCAACCAGCAGCAGCAUCCAUGUUCACUCCAGCAGUCAUUUCCAGCUUUGGCAGAACAAGUCAAGCCAUGUCAACAGGUUUAUUUGCAGCAGCAAGUAGACCAACAGCAGCAGCAGCAGAAUGUCUUGAUGCAGCAGCAGCAUGCACAGCAGCAAGGUGUUCUACAGCAACAAAAGCAACAUCAAUUUUAUGUACAAACGCAACAGGCUGAUCAACAAAUGUUGAUACAACAGCAGUGUUUACAGACGCAACAGGUGAUGCUACUACAUCAGAAGAGGGAGCAACAACAGCAUGUAAUGCAGCUACAACAGGUUGAGGAACAAAAUGUUUUAUUACAACAGCAACCACAGGUUGACCAUCACCAGGCUUUAUUACAACAACAGAUUGACAGAGAACAACAACAGGCUUUAUUACAACAACAACAGGUUGAGCAACAACAACCAGCUGAGCAACAAAAACAGGCUUUAUUACACCAGCAAAAGAUUGAGAAAACACAGCAGGUAGAGCAACAACAUCAGGCUUCAUUAAGCCAACAGGUUGAGCAACAACACCAGGCGUUAUUGCAGCGACAAAAAGCUUUGCUACAACAACAACAGAUUGAACACCAACAUCUUCAUAAACAGUGUGCCAUGCAGCAGCAACAGGUACAUCAGCUCCCUGGCAUGCAACAUCAUGUGGAACAAGAGCAGCAACAACCUAUAUUACAGCAGCAGACAGAAAAGCAGCAGACUAUGUUUCAACAGCAGCAGCAAGCUGUACUACACCAACAAACUGAUAAACAACAGCAGCAUGCUGUGCCACCACAGAUGGAGAAACAGCAAGCUAUAUUGAAGCCAUACCACCAGGUUGAGUCGCAUCCCCAACUGCAGCAAAUGGAGAAGGAGCAAACGGAACAGACCAUAAUACAACAACCAAGGGAGAACCAGAAGGCAGCGAUAAUACCAAACGACAAACAAGUUUCAGGUCAAAUACAGCAACUGAACUUUUUACCGCAACAAGCAGCUUCAUUGCAGCAGCCUCCAGGAACACUUGUUCAAACCCAGACAGAUUUGCAGAUCACAACUCAAAUUUUAGCCCAAAGCCAGACUUCAGUACCAGUACAGGGUACACCCAAGGAUCACAUUCAGGCCCAAACUCAGUCUCAGGCUCCGGUCCAAUCUCAAUCCCUACCCCAAAACCCAGUUCAGAUAUUUGGCAACCCCUUGGUCCAGAGUCGUAUCCCAGUGGUACCCCAGGUUCAGGACUCAAGUCAAGUACAAACUAUGAUCCAGGUUCAAAGUCAAUUACAGGCCCAGCUCUCAGUUCAAGGUCAAAUCCAAAAGCAGCCUCUAACAGAAGCACCACAACAGAGUCAAGCUCAGUUGUACAGUAACCAACAAGUUCUAACACUGGCCCAAGACCCAGUGCAACACGUUGUUCAGUCUCAGAUUCACCAGGCACAAAUCCAGGGCCAAGCUCCUCCGUCAGAUCAAAUUGAGCCCCAGAAUCAAUCCCAGUGUUGCGUGCCACAGAUUCAAGGCCAGAUGCAGGUAAUUUCCCAAAGCCAAGUCUUGUCUCCAAACCUUGGAAAAGUUCACCAGCCAGCCCCAGCUCAUGUGCCCAGCCAGACCCAGCCUCUGGUGUUUGAGCAAUCUCAGAUUUCAGUACCCACCUAUGUAAAGCCUCCGCCCCAAGAUUCAGCUGGUGUGCAGCCGACUUUAUUCCCACACGAUCUGCAGACCACGCAGCAUAUGCCACAAGAUCUAGGAAUAGCUGCGCAACACCAGUCGCUUUUGCAUUAUUCGCAGACGGUGCCAUGUCAGGGAGUGACUGGACCUCUUUUUGCAGCAGCCUCUGCCACCAUAACUUCUUCAUCCUUACCUCCGACCCCCAAGCACCAGCAACCUGGUCAGGGCCAGGUGCAGCCAGUGUUGCAGGCACAGCCAGUGUUGCAGGCACAGCCAGUGUUGCAGGCACACCCAUCUGACCAACAGCUGCUACAGGCCUCACAAGUGCAGCAGCAGCCUCAAGUUCAUGCAGCCCCCUUACCAACUCAGUCCUCCUCAUCUUCAUUGCCCGUUCAUCCUCAAGUUGGCCUCCAUCAGUCACCCUUGAUCCCACCAGGUCAUUUGACCCAGUCCCCUUCCAAAACAGCUCCUCCCCUGUACAGUCAGGUAGGGGCUGGCCUGCUGUCUUCCCCACAGCACCAGCACACACAGAUGCACGUCCAGGCUCAUGCUCAUUCUUGCACACAGACACAUAUUGAGCCUUUGAUGGGAAGUACCGAACAUGCACUCUCCAAUCCCCUUGGCCCUGUCCAAUCCCCACAGGCUCCUUCCGUUUCACCCAUCCUUCCCACCACCUUGUCCUCCAUUCCUGUUGCUGAGCCUGGCUUGAACCAGCCCCCUCCACCAGAAGUGCAAUUAGUCCAGUCUGGGGUGGCGAGGGGCGUCAACCACACCUCCCCACCUCCUUCCACUGCUUUCCAGUCCUUCAGCUCUAAUUUGCCCCUGCUGCCCUCGUCUUCAUUACCAGACUGUGAACCUGCCUUGCUGGCCAUCGCUAAGGAUACUCAAGCACAGUCUGGUACAGAAAAACAGCCAUCAUCCAGCUGUGCUUCUGUCACUGGGGAUGAACUAAAUCUCCAGUUGGGAAAUGGGAAGAUGGAGAGGAUGAAAUCCCAGAGGAGAUCUUCCUAUCAGAGAGUUGAGAAGGUCACACACUUCCAGCUGAGCAUGCUUCAGGUAUCUAGCAGUGGAGACAACAUGGUGGAGUGUCAGCUGGAGACCCACAGUAACAAAAUGGUCACCUUCAAAUUUGAUACUGAGGGCGAUGCCCCUGAAGACAUUGCGGAUUGUAUGGUGGAGGAAGAUUUUGUCCUAGAGUCAGAAAAGGAAAAAUUUGUAGAAGAGUUGAAGACAAUCGUCACACAAGCACUUGAAAUUCUUCACUCUCAGUCACAGACUGGUUCCAUGGAGCAGCUGCAUGUGACCACCCCCGCAUCCACUAGCAUGGAUUCAGUGUCCCAGUCUUCCCCUGUGGGUCGCUGGCGAUUCUUCAUCAACCAGACAAUCCGUCAUCGGGAUGCCCACUGUAAUCAAGGAACCUUAUCACCUCCCCCUGCUGGAGAAAGUCAGAUAUUACACAAUGUGGACAUGACCAUCCAAAAUGAUUGUGAAGCUCCACAGAGGUCUGGAUCCUUCAGUGGUGUCAGUGUUCCUCCAGUUCCUACCUCCAGUGUUUCUGUUUCCACUGUUUCUGCCCCAGCUUCAAUGUCUGCCCCAGCCAUUGGCGCCACUGCCUCUGACUCUACUGCUUGUGAAUCAGUUUCUGUCUCUAGUAGUGUUGCCGCUAUCCCAGCACCUGCCGAUCAACCCUCUAGGGCCACAAUUUCCAGUUCAACAUCUGACUCUGAUACCAACCUCUCAAAUGUUGCCCCUGCCACUGCGAGCUCUAUAGCUGUGCUUACUCCAUACCCUGUCUCUUGUGUGUAUGGCACUGUGGCUGUUGGGAAAUCAUCCCCAUCAGAGCAGUCUAUGCCCCAAAGUGACGAGGUUGAACAUUUCAUGUCCACUCUAGUCCAUCCUGUCCCUGCCGCUAACCACACAUCUGCACAGCCAGAGCAGACCUCAGAACUCACGGAGAACUCACUGCAAGACCACCCUAAGAACUGGACAGAAGGCCCCCCAGCAACAAGACCGGUGGCAGAACAGCAGAUAUCACAAAUGCAGCAAAUAAAAGAGCAGCUGCCCACUGCAUAUCAGCAAGAGCAGCAGCAGUCACUGCAACAGGUAGGCUGGGAGCAGACCCUACAGAAACAGCCUCUCCUGCAGACUGGCCUUGAACAGGUACAGCAGCAGCAAGCUUUACUUGAGCAUCUGCACAGAGAGAAGCUUGAGCAGCUGCAGCAGACCCUGUCACAUCAAACGCAGCAGUCAGGACCACAGCAACAGCAUGGUCACGGGGCUCUGGAUGGGGCGCAUCAGCAGCAGAUUGCGCAGACGCAUCAGUCACUCCACCUUGAACAGAUGCAGCAUCAGCUGGUAAAUAUAGAGCAGAUGCAAAAGGAACAAAAAGAGGCAUCGCAGCUCCCGCUUGUGGCACAGCAGCAGCAACCAGUACAGCUCCCCCAGCAGCUCUCCCUGUAUUUCCCUGUGGAGCAGUGUGUCACUCAGCAGCAGCCCCCGUGGCCCAUACAGGAGCAACAAGUGGCAGAGGAUGCAGCCAGUCCUUCAGGCCCGCCACUGCCUUUCUCUAAUCCCCCUCAGCCUGCCUCCACUCCUGCGGGCCCCUCUGACCCCCCACUUCCCUCAGUCACUCAGACCCUUACUCCCUCCCCAGCACAGCCCUCUUCUGUGGGAGAGUCGGACAGUGAGGGCCCACCUAAGAUUGAAUAUGUAGACAACCGUAUCAAAACUCUGGACGAGAAGCUGAGGAAUCUGCUGUACCAGGAGUACAGCACCGGGGUCCCAGUUGCAGCGAGUUCUGCCAUAGCUCCAGCUGCACUCCUCUCUUCUGCUAUGCCAGGCUUAUUGGUGCCAGAGGGGGAGGAGCCAUCUGAGCCCCUCCAGAGCCGCCCUCCCGUCCCACCUCCAGCCUCAUCCUCCGACACCUCUCCUCAUUCUUCCUCAUCCACCUCCUCUUCAUCUACUUCACGAUCCUCCUCAACUUCCCCUGAUGCAGAGGGACAGCCUGGUGCUGAAGAGGCGGUGUCGGACCACAGGGUCCCUGAGGCCACCUCAGCGGCAGUUGAGCACCAGCCGGUGGGGGCCUUCUCCUCAACCUCUCCACCCCACUCCCUGCUUCUGCCUUCACAGGAGGAGUCAACCACAGCCCCGAGUCUGCCCUCUGAGGCCGCCGUGUGUUCUGCCCCCCUCCCCUCUGAAGACAGCACCCCAGGAGAUGCCGCAUGGUCCCCCAAUCAGCAAGCACCCCCACUACGGCCAGGACAGCAGCAGCACAACGCAGGAGGUGGAUAUUUUGGCCUAAACCUGACAUGUCCUAGUAUCAGAAAUCCUGUUAGCAAGAGGUCCUGGACUCGCAAAUUCAAAAGCUGGGCGGUCAAACUGCGCCACUCCGCCAGCUUGUUCAAGAAGCCCAGAGUGCAGCAAGAAAGCAGCAGCCUGUCUCUAAAAGAGGAGAGUGUCACAGCCCAUGUGCAAACUCAUUCUUCCACAGGCCGUUUUGAGGUAAUUCCAGUGCCCCAGCUGCCUGAGGUACCAGCAGCACAGCCGCCUGCACUGCACAAGGAUGCUGUUCAGAGGCGAGUUGGCCGCUUCUCCGUAAGCCAGCUGGAAGGUCAAGCGGAAGACGGGCUAACAGACAGCUCCCCCGUGUCGCCUGAUGACGAGGCAGAGGAGAAGAGGUGCAAAGUGAAGGACAGGGAUAAGGAGAAAAAGAGGCCCCCAGCACCCCCGGUCCUGCUCAGGGGUUACUGCCCAUCCCCUCUCGGCAGCAGUGAUGAUGACGAUGGGAGUGGGCUGGAGGAUGCAGACCUCCGGAGAGAGCUGCAUCGCCUGCGGGAAAAGCACAUCAAGGAAGUGGUCUCCCUCCAGACCCAGCAGAAUUUAGAGCUGCAGGAACUCUACAGGCAGCUGCGGUCCCUCAGAGACCAUCGUCUGGCCUUACCUCGAUCCCCGCAGCACCAUCCAGCUAUCUCCCCCAUCCUGUCCCCUCGUAGGCCCCGCCCUACAAAAGCCAAGCUCCGCCCCCGGCCCCACUCACACAUGGACAACAAUGGAGCCACGCAUGCUGGAAACCAGCAGUCCAGCAGCUUCUCAGGAGGAGAGGAGGGCAGGUGUCACCUCUUCUGCCCCCCGGAAUACUCCCCUGUUCCGACAACUGCGAGAGACCCCAGCCCCUUACCUCAGGGCUCAAACAAUAGGAAGAGCACAUUUACGGAUGACUUGCAUAAACUGGUGGACGACUGGACCAAAGAGACUACAGGUCCAAAUCUCCCCAAACCCUCGCUGAAUCAGAUUAAGCAAAUUCAACAAGUGCAGGAAAUAGGAGGUUGGAGCCAGCCAGCUGAGAUUGGUGUUGGAGGGGUGCCGGUUCUAUGGAGUGGAGUGGGGUCAACAGACACACAGCCACUACCAGGACAGCACCACCAAGCGCACACACACUCAGCAGCUCUGGAGGUGCAAGAUCUGCAUCAGCAAUUGCAUAUGCAGCCUCAACUGUUACACCUCCAGCUGCAACAGACUCCAGUUAACAUGUUCCAAUUACAACAAAAUCCACUUCAAUCAAAUUCGCAGCAGAUACAGGCUCCACUGCUAUCUCAGCCCCAGCUGCAGACAGAACAUCCCCACCUACCUCAGCAGAAUCAACCACAGACUCAGUCAAGCUCUCCUCAGAAGCCCCCUUUGAUGUCUGCACUUCCCAGCUCUGGGACUACUUCACACCCUGAUGGUUGCACUGGAACAGUGGUGUUUUCAUCUUCCUCUUCAUCAUCUUCAUGUUUGUCAUCUGCUUUACCUUCUAGUGCCAUUUUGCACUCUACAGCCGCAGCCUCAACAUUUCCUUUGGGGCAACAGUAGUAUAAGGGAUUAGGGGGUUAGGGCAGAGUGUGACUAAGAGAGCUGUAUGUAAAGGAGCUGGCCAAGUGAUAGAACAGAACAGCAUUGCGGAGCCACAUCAUGUGUGUGACGGUCAUGGCAAUGGAUGAGAUAAUGACUAGAUAAUGAUUCGCUUGAGGCAAUAAGGGGAGUGAGGACUUGAGUAUGUGGAACAGCAAAAAAUGGUUAGACGAAGGAGCCAUUGUAUAGGCUGCAUGCAGAAGGUGCCUUGGUCUUAGGUGUAAUGUAAAUUAAUAGUGUGUAUAAUGGGUGUGUACGUGUGUGUGUGUGUAUGUAUGUGUGUGUUCAUGACAUUUUUUGUCCUUUUUGGAACUGUGUAAAAGUAAAGGUUUUUUUAGCUAUACUAAACAGACUUGGGCCUGAACUCUAAUCAGAGAUAUGAAGGAACAAACAUUUCCCCCAGUAUAUAUAUAUCGAAAUUUACAUUGUGAUGCUUAUACUGAAUGGUCUACAUGAAUAAAAAGAAGUGCAAUUAGUAACUGUUGUUUAAGUUUCACCUGUGCUGUCUUAAUUUAUGUGUGUUUGGUAAAAUAUUCCUGAGUAGUGACACUGGGACUACACCCUGACGUUUAUAAUAAAUAUAGCACAAUGUGUGAAUAUUGAUGACAGCACGGAAAACAGUUACAGCAUAUCGUUGACUAGCAACCCCUUUUAUGUACAGAAUCACAUGAUGCACUAUCGUAGUCACAGCAUAGUAAUUUUUAAUAAUGUUUUACAUUAAAAACUGGUAUCAUUUUAAGUUAAUAGGUUUCUUUAUAAAAUAAAACAAUAGCCUGGUUAUUAACAUUUUUUGAUCCGUUUACGGUGUUAGGAAAGAUUUGUAAUCAAAAUCAAAUUCCCACCUAUAGUUUAUAUCAACACAACGUUUCCUAAGCUGAAUCUUCAUUAUUUUAUUCUGUAAAAUGGUAAGAAAGGAUUCCUUUUUAUCUACUAAAUACACGGUCAUUUAGCUAAGAAUUUACAUACAAAGGGCAAGUUUAUUUCAGUUCAGGCCUGGGUUAUAAACUGUAUUACAUAGUUGAAUUCAGAUUAACCAUUUGGUACUGGUGCUUUCACUUAUUGUAACAUCAUCAUGGCGUAGAUUCCAUGCUUGGACACAAUGAUAAAAAUAAUCUGCAAUGAAUCAAAAAUUCAUUAUUUGCAUUGAUUCAUAAUCAGAGCCCUUUGUUUCCUUUACUUCCUUGUACAUUCCAUUAAUUUGUAUUCUUUUUACUUAUUUGGCUUUAGUAAAUUUGUAUCCACAUAAUAGACGUGGAAGAUAUGGCAGAUUUAAUUUAUACUAAUCUAGUACGAAUCAUCUUUUAGAAGUUGGUUAACUCCAAAUUGUUUUAAGACCUGAUUUUCUCCCAGUCUGUGACACAUCAUCUGUGUAUUAAUACUGUAUUUUUUUCUUCUUUCAGAAGAACCAUCACAACACUGUGAUGUAGUGAUUUGGAAGAUAUUGACCAUUUUGUACUAAAUAGUUGUCCUCUAGGAUUAUAAUAGUGAGAUAAGUUUGAAAAAACGGAUGAUGAAAAGGCUUGUGCAAUACAGACAGUUUAGAAGAAACAGAAGCAGCAAUGAUAAGACUAAGUGAUGCUUACACCCAACUUCGUGAUGUUUACAGUAUUCAUCUUUGGAAAAGCAUAUCCCUGUUCACAAUAGAAAUUUUUUUUUUCUUAAUAAUUUAUUCAUGGUAUUUCCGUGAACUCACAGUUUCCAAAUAGCAUAGAUCGCUACUAACAGAGAUGAGUUACAAGAUCGCCAGGUGAUAUUCACUAGGUAACUAUUAAUCUUUCCAUUGUACUGCUCUGAAACGAUUUUCAAAGUGAAAGAGGUAAUUUACCCUGUUCUGAAGUGUUACCAAAAUAUUUUAAAAGACAUUAAUUAUUUUUAUAUUUUGGAAUGGGGCUGUAAAAAUUGUAAAGUUGUGUAUUGAUAAGUAUUUACAAUCUGUGAUGAUGUGCUGAAACUAUAAGUUAUUAGUCCACAGCUCUACUUCUGGAGUUUCCCCUGGACUAUGUUCACUAUAGUCUCUCGACUUGUUCAUUCUACCUUUUAAGUAAAACUCUUUUGCUGGUUAAUUUUGAACAAUUUAAGAGAGAGAAAAGUAUGUCUGUUAUAAGUGAUAUCUACUGAGGUUCUUUGGUAACUUCAAAACAUACCAUCUGAGACCCAAUGAUUUAAAAGUAAUAAAAAUAAACUACAAAAUGUUCAUUGCUGGUAAUGAAGCCAUUGUAAAACUAGCUAAUUAAAUUCCUGUUUUGUAACUAAUUGAAAGAAAUUACGGUGUAAAAAAAUCAGAGGGAAAAUAAAAAUGUAAAAACAUU